CCAAGAUAAUCCGAGCUGCUUGCUGCCAGCGUCUUGAAAGGGCCCAGGAGGGCUGCAGUGGCCGACAGGUGCAGCUCUCCCUAAAUAGCAAGCCCAAGCGUGUGCCUAUAAAAACCGGGGACACGCCUAGCGCCCCAGGAGAACUUGCUGAGGGCUGUUCGGGAAGGAGCCUGCCACGAAGCCUGCACCAGGGGACAGGAUGGAGGAGAAUUUUUCCUGCCAAGUCAAGAAGAUGGCGCUGGCCUUGGGAACCUCUCUGACGGACAUGGAUAUUGACCUGCUGCCCUCGGAGCUAAGACAUCACGCUGCCUUCAACUACAGCAAGUUCUUCGAGUACAUGCAGAAGUUCCAGACGUCGAGCGAGCAGGAGGAGCAGGUGCGGAAAGCUUUCCAGCUCCUGGACAAGGACAACAGCGGCUUCAUCGAGUGGAACGAGAUCAAGUACAUCCUGUCCACCGUGCCCAGCACCAUGCCUGCGAUGCCCUUGUCAGACGAGGAGGCUGAAGCUAUCAUCCAAGCGGCUGACACAGAUGGGGAUGGGAGGAUUGAUUUCCAAGAGUUCUCCAACCUGGUCACGAAGGAGAAGAUCCCCAAGAAGAAGUGAGGCAGAGGAGAAGGAGAAGGAGGAGCGCCCCACUUCCUGGCACCAGGCCGCCUGCUUUGGGGGCAGCACUGUGCUUGUCCUGUGUGUUCUGUCGCCUAGACCCCAGUGUGGAGGGGAAGGGGCUGCCACACCUGGCUGGCGGGGAGGGGAGAGCUGGGGUGGGUACCAAGGCCAUACCAGGCCUGGGGCGGUAGGAGGCAGUUUGGGGCCAGGGCAGGAGAGAGGGCUUGAGAAAUAACAACCACUCCCCUGGCCCCACUGCAGCAGAACCUCCCCAGCACCUGCCCCGGCUGAGACGCACACAACCAGCAACAGGCGCAUUCAAGACGGCGCCGCUCUCCCCCCGGCCUCCCACCCCGACAGAGCGUCAGGGCCAGCCAGGCCGGGGCUGGGAGCAGAAAGACUGAAGAAAAACCAGAUCCAACCCGGCUCCGAGCCUUGGGCCUCC